AUUGUUAUUAUGCUCCUGCAGAACACCGUUGGCCUCUCCUCUAUCAGCACUGUCAGGUAUUGCUGGUAGGAGGUCUAUCCUCAUGUCACAACCGAUUAACGAUCAAUCUGAUGUCAUUACGGAGCUCAAAUCUCUUAUUAGACAGCUGCAAGACGAGAACAAAGAAUUAAUCAGAUCUUUUGAUUUCUUGAGUAGCCAGUGGGAAGAGGAAAGGAAAAGGUCCAAAGUAUUGGAAGAGAUGGUUGGAGAUUUAUCCAAGGAGAACCAAAUGCUUAGGAAAGAUGUUGAUGGAUUGAAACUUACUCUUAACAAAGAGGAAUCUAAAAGAAUAUUCGUCGAUGAGGAGCUGACCAAGGAAACGUACCAGUUAUUCAAACACUCAAGGCAACUUAAGGGUGUUGGCUACAAAUAUGUGUGGCAUCGAGAGGGGAAGAUUCUAGCUCGCAAGAAUGAUGGCUCUGAUAUUAUUUUCAUCCGGAAUGUUAAUCAAGUAAAUGACCUACUUAAGUAGCCCUUUAUCUCAUUUGCUUUGAUUGUUUUUUUAUAUAUAUAUUUUCCAUUUGUUGCUUGAUUUUUAUAAUUUAUCAUGGCUAGUACGAAUCUUGAAAAUAAUUUAAGGAUAGGACAUAUUAAUGUACGUUCACUGAUACCAAGUUUGAACGAAAUUAAGUCUUCGAUAGAUAAUUUGAAGUUGGACAUAUUAGGAGUAACUGAAUCAUGGUUAA